CAGAAACUUUAAAAACUUAGUGUCAAAAUUCUUGUUCUGUCAUAAUCUCUUGAUUCCAAAUUGUCUUCAAAAUUUCAGUGUAUUGAUUCGUUUUGGUAUAAAAUUAUUCGUGUUUGAAAAUGCCUUGCAAAGAAACUUCACAGAGAAGAGAAUCGCUUUUAGCGAGUCUCAAAAAUCUUGUGAAUCAAAUAGAUGGCAAUUCAUGUUGCCCGCCAAGCGGAUGCUGUUCACCCCCUGGUUGCUGUUCUCCACCAGGGUGUUUUCCAUUCCCAAGCUGCUGUCCACCUCCAUUUUGUUCACCUCCAGGUUGUUGUUCUCCUCCAAGUUGUUGUCCACCUCCUUCUUGUCCAGGUACGUGUCCCCCCUGCUGUGUACCCCCCACCCUCCCGAUCUGCACUCCCGUGCCGCCCCCUUGCGUCCCCAUUUGCAACCCCUGCCCCGCGGAGCAGCCCUGCGUGCCGUGCAAUCCCCCCCAGAUGAUGGUGUGCUACCGAAGGCCGCAGGAGAAGGGCAACUCGGGCAGCAGGUCGAAGAGCAGGGAGCUGAGAGCCAGCGUCUUGUAUAGCGGGUGCGAUUGCGAGAAAAGGAACGGAUUGCAAGAUGACUGUCCCCGAUCAGAGUGCCACGGCUCCCCAGAAUGCGUCACAAAACCGGAUCCAACAUGCGGACCAAGCGCAUACGCAGGCGCCAAACACCUAGGCCAGCAAAUAACGAAAUCCAACGGCCUCGAACAGUACCAGUGCUACCCAGCCUACAUCAAACUGCCCCAGUGUCCGCCGUGUGGAGGAGGAUGUCCCCCACCCUGUUGUCCCCCACCCUGUUGUCCUCCAAUGUGUUGUCCCCCGCCUUGCGUGCCGUUGAUCGCCCAGCCACCUUGUCCCCCCACCAUCGUCCCUACUCCCCCGCCUUGCGUGCCGAUAGGGAGGGUAGUACCUGUUGCUCCAGCGGUGCCCUGCCCGAUCGCUUGUCCACCGCCACUGGCGUGCAGUCCCCCUACGGGAGGUGUCCAGUGCUGUCCACCGUGCUGUCCGCCAGCUUGCUGUGCUUGUCCGUGCUAGAUGUACUGUGUUUGUUAGUGGAAAACUAUCGCUAGCUCUAUCGAAACAAUCGAUAGUUUUUCGAUAGUUCGACAGUCACCGAACAACAGAAGUAUAAAAUCGCUUCU